GAAGUGAUUUGAAGGCACACAACAACAGUACAAUGAAUGUGACGUCGAAGGCAUCCAUAGUUUUUGUGCAGCUGUUCCUUGAACAGUCUCACUGUGUGUCCAGGAAGGUUGCAAUGUUCUGCAACUGGUUUUUGGGCAUUGCUAUUUCUAAUGUUGGAUUUGUAUGUUCAUUAACAUAGAGGCAGUCCUGUUUGUCCAGUGCAGAGCGUGGAGGGGCAUUGCAUUGCCAUAUAUAUUGUGUUGGAAGAAGAGCAAGGAAAUGUACUCGAUGCAUUUACCUUCACUUAUCAAUCUGAACAAGUAAUCAAAUUAGGCCUUGCUUGUGAGCAUCUCUGGGGGACUGUGUCCCAGGAGAAACACUGAGCUAGCUGGCCUGUUGCAUGCAACUUCUUUGGAAGAAGGAAAUUGUCUCUUGCUGAGCCUUUGCCUCUAAAGAAAGCUUGGAGUACAGAGUCCAGCAUAAAGAGAGAUCUGGGGUGAACUUGCUAUACAUGGCAGGGUCAGUUCAGGUGAGCAUUUCAGUGCAUAAAGUUUGCUGAAUAGCAAAGGAGAGUGAUUGAUUUUAAAAGCCAAGAACGUAAGAGGAGGCCUGCUGGGCCAGAGCAAAGGUCUAUCUCAUCCAGCUGCCUUUGUCUCCUAAUGGCCAACUAGAAGGUUCUGGAAACUUACACUUAUUCCCCGCCUUCUCCCUUAAAUUGGCAGUCCAGGUACCUUACAAAUUAAAAUGGAACCGGCACAAAGAGAGGUGGGAAAUAAAUAAAUAACAAAUAGGAAUUAAACAUACUAAAGGUCUAUGUAAAACCAGACUUUAGCUGCCAAUAAUAAUAAUGUGUGUGUGAGAGAGAAAGAGUUUUUGCUGUAUCCCCUUAACCACGUUUCCCCCCUAAACUAGCCCCGUCCCCCCGUGCUUUAGGCAUUAGCAAUUGUGGAAGGUGGUCCAGCCCCAUAACAAUUGGAGAACCGGCUGCAUUAAUUUCUGUCAAGCCGGAAGAGUUUCAUUGUCUUUCCUGAUACAGUGGGCCCUCCCCAUUUACAGCUUUGACUUUUGUGGAUUGGAUUAUUCAGAGAUUUGAUUACUGUACUGUGUUCUCUCUCGGUGCCAGUCUGUGGUCAGUUUCCACCAGAGAUUGCAGAGGUCACCUAGAGAGAACACUUCUCCAGGCAUUGGGUUUUUUGGUCCUCUGGCAGGCGCUGGCAAUAGAAUAGAGAGAUUGCUAGAGAGGUGUUUUCUCAGGUAAAAGAAACAGUGGUCUUUUUAUUUGCCGUCUUUCCACUUUCAUAGGGGCCCUGUGUCCCUAACGCCAGCAAAUGUGGAGGAUCCACUGUAAACCAUUGCAUGGACUUAGUAUAUUCUUUCAUCCAGUAUGGGAGCCUUGACGUUUCACAGAAUAGAUUAAAACAAAAGCAUGGCUAAAAUGCAGUUUUAUAGAGUCAGCCCUCAGCAUUCGCAGGGUUGGGUGCAAGAUCCCUGCGAAAGUGGGAAAGGCACAAAGAUAGGUCUGCUGUUGUUUGUACCUAACUUAACACUUCUCUGGGCAAUUCUAGAUCCUCCGGCACAAUUCUGUGGAAUCACUCUGGAGGACCUAGAAAUGCCCAGAGAAAACAUCUUUCCAGUUGCGAAUAGGGCAGCAGCAGCAGCAGGGGAGGUGACAGCAAGGGCAGCAGAUUAAUUUGAGCCAUCUGCAGAUAAUCAAAUCUGUAAAUACUUAACCCAUAAAUGUGGAAGGACCUCCGCAUAUUUUAAAAAGCUCAUAUCCUAUGAAAAACGGCAGUAAUGUAAAAUAGUUUGAAAACAUUGACAACAUAACAGAGGACAAAAAUGCAGUGCUCCCCCUUUAAAAGCCUCUUCCAGAGCAACCAGUUAAUGGCCCAAAGCCUGUCUGAAUGAAAAUCCCUUUGCCUGCAGAUGAAGGAGGCAGAAAGGGGCCCAGUCUAGCUUCCAGUGGGAGGUGGUCCCACAGCCUCCUGGGAGCAACCCCCACCAAUGCCUUCUUUACACAGAACCGCCUUUGCCACUUGCUUGUCCUUUCACCCAGCCUGAAGAGGUCCUUUUGAAGCCCUUUGAAAUCCACUUGUAUUUUCUCCAGGCCAAUAAGUUUGUGCAACCCAGAGGCCUGAGCAGCUCCUGCUGGCUCUUUGUUCCUGAUAAGGUAAACACGCUUUUUAAAAGCCCAGAUUGACGGGGGUCUGCCUUGUUACUUCCCUUCAUUGUGAAAACAGUCUCUUCCCCUCUGCUUCCUGUCCUUUUAACUUGUUUCUAAACUUGUAUAGGGACCCAUCCUUUAAUUUCCCCUGUUCUAGCCAAAGGCUUGCUGCCCCCCUUUCAACGGUGGGGAGCCUGGAGGUGGGCAAGAGUCUGGUUGUUUUUCUGCAAGGUCCCGGACUUAAAGAGUUUCAUGUUUGGGCGCUCUUGAUAAGGCUCUCCUUUGGAGCUGUAAAUGAGUAAUUGAAAGGCAGAAGAGGAAAGUCUCUUUGCAUUUGUGACUGGUGCUGCUGGUGCCCAUUUCAGAGUUUGCCAGAAGGAAGAGGAACAGGGGCCUGAAAACCUAAAAGGGUUGGCAGAGCCAGAAAUGUCCCUGUUGAGGUGCUGAGGAUGGUUGAGAAACUGGGAAAGAGGUUGUCUGGAUCCCCUGGUCUGGGGAAAUCAGCUCUGGACUGGUUGGUGGGAUCUCAUCAGCUUUAUGGUGCCCCGGAAAGAAGAUCUGGCCGGAAGCUGACCAGAAGGUGGACAGCGGGGAGGGGGCAUGACACCGGCAGAGCAACUGUUCCAUUUGUAUAUUUCUUGCAUGUGUGUUCUUCCCUUCCUUUAAGGAGCUCAGGGUAGUGUUUCAGCCUGGUCCAGACCUAGCAAGGCGGUGGGCACAGAGAGUCUCUGUUGCUAAUGGGAGUUGUGUUUUCAGGAUCUCCAGAAAGGCACACCUGGCAAUGGAAGAUACUUGACAUUUGCGUGGCAUUUAACAUCUGGGACCUUGUCUUUGGCUCCCCUGUUUGUGCACUUGGGAAUGAUGUUUCUGGCUCCAUGGCCUUGCAGAGGAGGAUGCACCUGAAACAGCUGGUGGCAGUGGGGACUUGCGUGGGAGUGUCACUGCACCGGACAUGAAGAUGCACCACAAACAGGGCGAUGCAGCAAAUGGGUGAAACUGUGUCCAGACUUUGAUUUCCAAACAUUCCUUUCAGCAUUGCCAGCAAGGUUCUUUCAGGGAUGAGCAGCAGUGCUCCAGAGGACCUCCUGGCAUAGCUCAGGCUGCAAGAUCCAGUCCUCCUUUGGAUUCCUGGGCUGGUGGCCUUCACCAAAGGCGAAGAAGAUGUCUCCCUCCCUGAACGGCCAGGCUGUGGUCACCCACUUUCUGGUGGCCCUCUUUGGGAUGGGCUCCUGGGUCUCUGUCAACUCCCUAUGGGUGGAGCUGCCGGUUGUGGUGAAGAGGCUUCCAGAAGCAUGGAACCUCCCUGCCUACCUGUCUGUCCUGAUUGCCCUGGGAAACAUUGGUCCCGUGGGCGUGACCCUGGUUCACCACUUUGCCCCUGGGAAGCUGAAAGAGCGUUGGCUCAUCCACUCCAUCCAGGCCUUAGCUGUGGGGGCAUCCCUCUUCCUGGCGCUCUUCUGGGACCACACAUCCACGGUGGCUGGUGAACAGCACAGCGUGGCCUACUUGGUGCUGGCGUUCCUGCUGGCCUUGGUCUGCUGCACCUCCAAUGUCUCAUCUCUGCCCUUCAUGUACCAGUUCCCACAGCUCUACAUCCGGACCUUCUUCAUUGGGCAGGGACUGAGUGCCCUCCUGCCCUGCGUGUUGGCCCUGGGGCAGGGUGUGGGGCAGCUGGAAUGCCCCAAUGCCACGCAGGGUGGCAACGCAUCCCAGCCCCACUAUUUGGAGGAGAAUUUCUCAGCCACUACUUACUUCUGGCUCCUCAUGAGCAUGCUGGCCAUCUCAGGGCUUUCCUUCCUGGCCCUGGUGAUCUGGCAUGAGCAUGGUAAUGGUGACGGUAGUGGCUCAGCUGGGGAGAAGAGCUCUUCCAAGGAGAGUGUGGAAACUGAGGAGUCCUUCCCACUGCAGACUGAUAGCACGCCCGCCUCUGAGUGCGCCCUGGAGAAUGCAGCCACUACAGGGGAUUCGGCCAAGCCUCCAGCUGCCCCUUUCUGGACGGGGAGGAACAUCUUCCUGCUGGUGCUGCUGGGGGUCUCCAAUGCCCUGACCAAUGGGGUCCUACCCUCUGUGCAGACCUACUCCUGCCUGCCUUACGGGGUCAUGGCCUACCACCUGUCGGUGGUGCUCAGCAACAUUGCCAACCCCGUGGCCUGCUUCCUUGCCAUGUUCCUGCUCUGUAGGUCGUCCCUGGGUCUGAGCAUCAUCUCAGCUGCAGGCUGUGUCUUUGGAGCCUACCUGAUGGGGCUGGCAGCCUUAAGCCCCUGCCCACCGCUGCUGGACAGCCCUGUUGGCACCGCCGUGGUGGUGAUCUCCUGGAUUCUCUUCCUGGGCCUCUUCUCCUACCUGAAGGUGGUGAUCGGCAGCUUGCUCCAUGAGGCUGGACACGCCGCCUUGGUUUGGUGUGGGGCCAGUAUCCAGGCUGGCUCCCUGGUGGGGGCCCUGGUCAUGUUCCCUCUCAUCAGCGUCUACCACCUCUUUGAGAGCGGGAAGGACUGUGUGGACAACUGCAGGGUGUGAGCAUUGCUGGGGGAUGGCAAGAGGGGUCCCCUAGGACUGGAGGCCUCUCCGUUAGAGCCGGUCCCUGAGGCCUCAGAAGAACGGUUCCUCCGGCUUCCAAGGUGGCACUUCACGUUUAGCACUUGCGGCAGCCAUCGCUGCCAGAGAGGUUUCUUUGACCUCUUUCCUAGCUUUUGGGGGGGAAAUCUCCCAGACAAUCAGUCUCCCCAGUCCUGGCUUUCCUGUCUCAGCCAGGUUUUCCAUGGGAGUGGGGAGGAGGAGGAGAGGGUCUCCUGUAAGACAGUCUGUACCUCCAAACCCUUACCGUCUCCUUGGACCUAGCCUGUCGGUGGAGAGGCAAUUUCUUAUACUGCACACAUGCACACUUCUUCCCAGGAAACCUCUGUUGCUUUUUGCCUUGGGCUGUGGGAAGUGUUGACCUUUUCUCUGUAGCCAUACAGUGCCAAGCUGGCCUCCGCAGAUCCGUGGGUGGGUGGGUGGCACCCAUGUUGCCAGGUAAGCAAGUGCAGCAGUGGUGGGGGACUCAUGUCUCUCAGGUCUCUGACUGUCCACCUCAGAAGAGAGUGGUGGGUAGUGAACUAUUGUAUACGCUCAUGUAUAAAUCUAGAGAUUUUAAUCAAAAAGUCAACCCAAAUAACCUAGAUCCACUUAUCCAUGGGUCAGUAUAGUGGGCCCUACUCUUACGUGGGGGAUCCAUUCUGGAUCCCCCCCCCCCCCGCGCGUAAGAGAAAAACAACAUAAGCUCAAGCCCCAUAAGGAGUAAUGGGGUUUGCUGUGUGGCGCACAACACAGUCACGCACUGCAUUACUCCUCCUGGGGCACAGGAGCCUUAUUCUGGCACGGGUUCCAGCGUAUGCUGAAAGCCGCGUAUGGUGUGCCGGCAUAUGACGCAGGUGCACUGUAUACUUACUGUUCCUUAACUCUUAUUGACAAAGGAAUCAGUCUCUUCUCUGAGUAGAAUAGCAAAAGGGGAGAGUUUAGUCCAUCCCGGAAGAAUCUAAAAGAAGCACCAGAUUCCCUCUACUCUGUUUACCAUAGUGCCAUUUCUGACCUUUUUGAAUGCCUAGGUGAGAAAAUGGCACUGAUGACGCCUCUUUGGCACUUCCCUUAAAGCAGCACUAAGAGAGUAGGGGGGUCAUUGCUUCUUUUAGGUUCUCCCGGGACGGACUAAGCUCUCUCCUUUAGCUACUCAGAGAAGGGGAUGGCUCCUUUUUAAAUAAGAGUUAAUACUGUACCUUUUAGCUUUUGCCUCCUUUUUAAUGUGUAUGUUUCCUGAGUUCUGCCUGUCCCAUAUCACACGGACACCGUUUCCCUUUGUUCCCUCCUCAUCCAUCCAGCCUUUAAGGUGAGCACAAACAGUUAUGCCUGCUGGAAUACUGUAAGUACUUUGGCAUUGUUUUGCUUUACUUUGUCCUUUAUAUCCUUGGUUAGAUAGCCCUAAGUUUUACCCUUGACUUAUCCAUGGGUCAUAUCAAAAAUCCAUAAUUUUGGCCUCAAAACCUUGACUUAUACAAGAAGUUGACUUAUACAUAAAUAUAUACAGUGAAGCAGGCGUGGAUGUUUCCAUGCCCCUGGCUUGACUGCUGCUCCUCUCCUCUUCAGUAGAUAAGCCUCAUGCAGCUCUGGAGAAUGGAGGAGUUUUGCCUAAUUCCCUUCUGCAGGGGCUGCUUUGUCUCAGGUUUGUGGGGCUCCCCUCCCUCACCAGCCUUGCCUUAAGCGUAGCACUCUCUUUACGUUGGGACCAAAGUCACCCCUGCUGCGGGGGGCUCCCUUUUCCUCCCCCAAAUUCCUUGUCCUGAGUCUGGUAGGGCUGCAGCCUUCCUGGAAUGGUUUUGGUAAUGGCAAUGGCUUCAAGGAUGCCACAAGGAAAGGCCUACUGUUCAGUGGCACUGAACAGUAGGAAAGACUCAGCCUUGUAAUGGGCAGCUGGUGACAGUCUGCAUUGCGGGGAGAUCAGGAAUAAACUCUUUUUCUAUCUCA